AGCUGUGUUUCUUCACUGCUACUUCCUUACAAAAAGUAGCCUAGAGUUUAUUGACAGUUGACUUUCUCUUUAAUCUAUGUAAUAUUGCUGGGAUUUCACAGAACAGGAGGAUUAAAUCAGUGACGGUCUUCUGGCUUGACUUUACCUGUCGCAGUGUUGAUUUGAAAAGACGUGCUUAAGGGACAAGUGUGAGCAGAGAGCAAGGCCAGAGUUCAUGUGCUGCUGAUGUGCUGCUGAAGAAACAUCAAAUGGAUGAUGCGGUACAAUCUGUGCAGGGUAAUGAGGGCGCUUACCAAGGAGAAAGAAGAAACAUCAUCCAGCCUUCAUCUUUUAAUGAUUCCAAACUACUGAAGCUUAAAGAGGUUCUGGUGGAUUGGAUUAACAGUACUCUGAAGUCAGAGCACAUUGUAAUAAAGUCUCUGGAAGAAGACAUCUAUGAUGGACUCGUGAUUCAUCACCUACUGAGCAAGUUAGGUGGCAUUCACUUAGAGGUUGAGGAAAUCGCAGUAAGCACUGUUGCUCAGAUGUACAAACUGGACUUAAUUCUGCAAGCCCUCAACCAGGAGCUAGGGCUUGGUCCUGAAGCAGAUAGUGCAGCUAAAUGGAGUGCCAAACUCAUCCACAGUCGAGACCUGCUGGCGACUCUUCAUCUGCUGGUGGCCAUGGUGAAGCGCUAUCAGCCUGACCUGGCCCUUCCCUCAAAUGUUAGUGUGGAGGUUGCCCUGUUUGAGGUAAACAAAGGAGACAUCAAAUCUGGCAAGCAGAUCGAAUACAUCACUUUGCAAAGUGACAAUUCUGAAGGUAAAAAUGACCCCAUAGAUGAGCUGCUCAAACUGGACUCAUACAAAAUCUCCACAGUCAAAAAGGCCCUCUUGCACUUCAUCAAUAAGAACAUGUCUCCAUUAAGGUUGCAGGUGUCUGACAUCGAGAAACAGUUUGCAGACGGUGUAAUCCUGCUUUUGCUGAUUGGUGAGUUGGAGGGUUUCUUCAUCCCCCUCUAUGAGUUCCACCUUUCUCCUGCCAGCCACUCAGAGAGGCUUCAUAAUGUCACUCUGGCUUUGGAUCUCCUUAAUGACUUAAAAAUACAAGUGGAGAAUGUUGACCCAGAAGAUAUUGUGUCCCAAGAUUUUCCAGCUACACUGAAAGUGCUCUAUGCCUUGUUCAAGAAGCACAAGAACAAAUAAUCACCUACAAGCGACCUCUUCCACAGGCCUAAUUUCAGCUAAAAAAAGACUGGAAAGGUCAUACGAUAAGCUUUUAAUCCCCCUCGAGUGCAAUUGUGAAAGCAGUUCAGACUCAGUCGUCAAAUUUUAAUAAAAGUGAGUGAAACACUGGAUCGCUCAUCACAUCACAUCAUGUCACAUCACACAGAUUGGCUGUGAAUGGUGACAGCAUGAUGGAACCCCCCACACACACACACAGACAUUACUCUCUCCAUUAUCUUCUCACCUUCUCUGUAUUUGAAUGGUCGCCCUUGAGCUUCUCACUCAUACUUAUAGACAGAAUGCAUUAUAGUGCUGGUCUUCACCUCCAAUAAAUAUACAGUAUUACAUCAAAA